UAGCAACCGGUGUGUUAGUAACGUAGUUGGCUGGCAAAGUUUGCUGCUGUGUGUUAUACAGGACAGGCGUCCGUUUAGAGGUUAAAACUGCAGACUUAACUAUCUAUUCUACUAAGUCAAAAUGCUGAACGUCGAAUUACUCUCAGACCACAAAGCGAGAGCAAGUCUGCAGAGGCGUCGCAACACAGAGACUGAGAGACGGGAGAGGAUUUUUAACGACAAAGUCAGGACGAUUGGGGUUGACAAGGACGUGCUUGACAUACAGAUAAAAGAAAAGAAGAAACAAGAGGAGGCUGCGAGAGAGGAACAAAAUGCUCAUGAUGCUGCUACACUCCACAAUAGCAAAGUAGCUUCCCUGCUCCAUAGAAGACAAGUGAAGGAGAAGCUCGCAAUGGAAAAGGACAUCGUCAAAUUCCGACAUCAGUACCAGCAGCCUUGGAGCCAGCGAGAAUAUGACCUGAACGACCCAGACCGCUGUAGAAAAACAGAGCUUGCCGAUGCACAGAUGAUGCCCCCGGGCCUGGUGGGAGAGGACCCCAACAGUCAAAACAGACGGCAGAGACAGAGGGAGCAGCUCAGAGAGUGGCUCAUCCAGCAGCAGAGCGAGCGAGCCGCAGAAAGGCAUCAUCAGAAACUUGAAGAGCAGUGCUAUGACCAAACCAGAGUGGAAAUGGACAUCAAAGCUCUGCAGCUUCAGAGCAUUGAGAUGGGGAGGCAGAAAGCAGCAGCUAUCGCUACAAAAGAGUAUAAUCUUGCCAUGAUUAAAGAGAAGGGAAAGCAAAGACAGCUGCAAGGUGUAGAUGAUGAACCCCCCAUAAGCAUGAUGGGAGCACCUGGUCUUUGUCCCAGUGAUGACCAGAGAGCCACUCAGGAGAACCUGCAGAAGAUCAUCCAGUUCCAGAAAUACCAAAUAGAGGAAAAAAAGAGGAUAGAAAUGGAGAAAAAGCAAGAAGAGGAGCUACAUGAUCGUGUCCGCGUGGACUCUGCUCGUACAGCUCUUUUAAUAGAGAGACAGCAAGCAAGACUGAACAAGCAGCUGAGACGACACCUGGACAGCACCAACGUCCAACUGGCACAAAAACAGAAAGAACAGAACCCGGUCAUUGAAAGAGGACACAUUGACGACAGCUUCUUCUCCAAAUUCAACACCUGCAGCAGAUGAUGGAGGAUGCAUUAGACCAGCUCAUCACAGCGACUGAUAAUGGUGCUACAUAUGAAUGACACUGAAUAAAGUGAACCACACAAAAAAAAUCA